UACCAUGUCCGCGGACCACGAACCCUUGGGCAUCCUUCCUUUUGCCGAAAGUUAAGCGUGUAAAGUUGGUGUUCUAAGUCUACUUUUACCACCAAUUGAUCCCAUCUUCGUCCAUUGCAUAUUGCAAGCUCUAUAACGUGUGUUGUGCUCUCUCUCUCUGUUCCAUUCGCAUCUUUACUAUUCAUGGCCAAUCGAUGGCUUAGGCCCGAGGUAUACCCAUUGUUUGCAGCUGUUGGAGUUGCUGUUGGGAUAUGUGGUUUGCAGUUGAUUCGCAAUAUCUGCAUCAACCCUGAUGUCAGGGUGAGGAAGGAAAAGAGAAUUGCGGGAGUGCUGGAUAACUCUGCUGAGGGAGAAAGGUAUUCAGAGCAUGUCCUGAGGAAGUAUGUGAGGAACAAAGAGCCACAAAUUAUGCCCUCCAUCAACACCUUCUUUGCUGACAAAACUGGCAAUUAAUUUGUUUAAGCCGAUAUACUCCUUUAUUGUUUCGAUUUUUUUGUUGUUGUUGUUGUUGUGUUUUUAAAUAAAAAAUAAACCCAUGGGCUAAACCUUGUUUUUGGGUAAGCAACAAAAAAUAAAUUAUUUCGAUAAUCAAAAUAAUUGUUUUUAUUGUUA